UUUAAAAUACUGGUACCCGAUCGCCGAUAUUAGGAUCCAGAUUACACGCUUUUGUGACACCGAAAAACUGAAAAAUGAGUCGACCAAACCCUUUCGAAGGUCUUCCCAACCCUGAGGCGUUGUAUGAAUCCUGGUGGCCAAUUAUUAUAGCCUUUGCUAUUGGUAUUGGUUACGCUUUAAGACAAUACAUGAGAGGAGCUCGUUGUAUGACAGAUUUAAAACUGACGGGGAAAGUAGCAAUUAUAACUGGUGGCACAAAAGGUAUUGGAAAAUGGACAGCACUGGAUAUGGCCAAAAGAGGUGCUAGAAUUUAUAUCUGUGGUAAAGACAAAGAUGAAGGAGAGAAAUGUAUUGAAGAAAUGAGAACAACAGCAAAAAAUGAAAGCAUCUUUUUUAUUCCAUGUGAUUUAAGAUCAUUUAAAGCUGUUAGGGAGUUUGUGGAAGCCUUUAAGAAAAAGGAGACCAAUCUUCACUACCUAAUACAUAAUGCUGCUGUAAUGAUGUGCCCAAGGGAAGUUACUGAAGAUAAUUUUGAAUCUCAAUUCCAAGUAAAUUUUCUAAGUCCAUUUCUAUUGACACAUUUGUUGUUAGACAUGUUAAAAUCAUCAAAACCAUCUAGAAUAAUUAAUUUAGUGGCACCUGCCUAUUCACUAGGAGAAAUAAAAUGGGAUGAUAUUACUUUAGAAAAAGAUUACACAACAUCAGCAGGGUUUGGACAGAGUAAACUAGCAUUAGUCCUGUUUGGAAUAAACCUUGCUGUGCGUUUGGAAAAAGAAGGAGUCUCUGUACAUCAAGUUCUGCCUGGUAUUGCCAAAACCAAAAUUUAUAGACACAUGCCAUUCCAACAGAAUGGAUUUGUUGCAAUGUCAUUUGGUCCUAUCACAUGGUUUUUGAUGAAAACGGCAGAUGAUGGUGCUCAAACAGUCCUAUAUGCCACUUUAUCAGAAUUAGCUGGAAAAACUACUGGAUUUUUAUAUAAGGAGUGUGCAAUUACAGAAUAUGAUGACAAAGUUAAAAAUGAAGAUUUACAGAAAAAGUUAUGGUCAGAAGCUUUGAAGAUGACAAAUAUAAAAGAAUUUGGAGUUAUAGAAUGAUAACAAUGUAUUCUUGUUGUAAAAAAAGAUCUGAAAUAUCAAUCGCUUAUUUCAAAUUUAGAAAGGAUUGCCUCAGAGAAAGAACAAGUACAUGAUUUUAAGAUUUACAGCUGUUAUUAAGGUGCAUUCACACGAUACGAUUCUCCGUUGGAUUUUCCAUUCGACUUGACACCGUCGCACAGGUAAAUCGUACAGCGUUCUGUUCACACGAUACGAUUUUCCAUUCGAUUUUCAUCAGAUUUGAACAAGUGCUUUUUAUAUAUUUCUAAACGCAGCAACUUCCGAAAUUAUCUUUAAAAUUUAAUUCUAAUACAACCUUUCUCUUCAGAUACAUGUAUUAUGUUUUAUACCCAGGUCCACAUCGCUCAACAGAGUUACGUAAUAUUAAAAUAGUUCACAAUAAUGUAUGUAGCUUACCACCUAAGGUAGAUUUGAUUGAAUGUGAACUAGGCACAUAUGAUAUUAUUGCUCUUUCUGAGUCCCAUCAUUAUUUACGAAGGCUUUGUGAACCGGCUGUAAAACCUAAAAUUUAUUAACGAUGGUUGGCACUAUAUAUAUGGAUCUAAUGACACGUAGACUUCCGAAGGCUUUGUAAAACGAUGGCCAGGUUUAUGAACAAAAAAAGAAUAUGUCUCCUGUACGAAUUAAAAACGUUUAGAAUGAUGCAAAAAUCGGAAUAUUGUCGAUUAAAUUUAUAAGCUUGAUUUUUUUCAAUCGACUGAUAAAUUUAGUCGAUUUGGCGUUCACACGGUCCGAUUCCAGUUAAAACGUCGAAUGGAAAUAGCGUACGUUUCGAUUUCAAAACGACGUUUCGACUUGACAUUCGACUUCAGAUUUUGGUGUUCACACGAUACGAUUUUAGUCGAAAGCAGGUGCACAGGUCAAAAUCGAAAGGAAAAUCGUAUCAUGUGAAUGCACCUUUAGUUGUAAAAAUGUAGCAAUCAGAAACCCUGUACUUUUCUUUUUUCUUUUAAUUUAUAUGCAUUGGUUGUGAUUGAUUGCUUAAAUAUAUAUUUUAUAGUUAUUAAAAGAACUAUUAUUCUUGAAGAAACCAUUUUUGACCAUUUAUUCAUUCAUAAAACAAGAAAGGAGAAGGCAUCAGAAGGACACUUUUUUUUUGCCCCUGAAUUAUAAAAUUUAAUUAAAUUAAAAAUCUGCUUGAAAGCUUUCAUUUGUAGAUUUUGCCUUUCUUUUUUUGUUAGAGCUUCAAACAUCUUGAAUUUUGUGCUUAAAUAUUAUAUUGCCUCAUUGUGAGAUAUCAUAUAGGCUUUACCCAAAAAUGUAUUUUGCUACAAGACAUAUUAUAUAUAUUUGAAACAAAAUCUACUUGGAAAUUGGCCAUUUUAGGAGAAAUGUCAAUUUUGAAAUAUCGAUGCUGCCAUGGUGACAUCCCAAGUGACAGAUGCCAUGGUGACAUUACAAGUGACAUUUCUUCACAUAUGUGUCAAGAUAAUAUCAGUUUGUUCAUUGAUCAUUUUAACAUAAUUUGAAGUCUUGAAAAAUUUAACCACUAGAACUAAUUGAAUUUCAGUGGCCAAAUAAUGAUAAUACCUUUUCCUUUUUUAAAGUCUAACUGAAGGGAUUUUUUAGUUCAAAGUAUGAAACCAUAGUAUAAAAUGCAUGUAAGAUCACUUAUCUCACAAGAUCCAUAAAUGCAAGUACUGUUGCUGACAUAUUUUGAAAAGCAAUAUACACAAACUAGCUUAGAUAUUUUCUUAAACUGUAUAAGAUUGAGGGUAUUUUGUUGAUAGAGGGUAGAUAAAUGUAUAGUAGACUAGAAAAGGAAUAAUUUUGCAAUUUUCUUUUUAUCCAUUUAAAUACACAGUGCAUAAUACAUUUAUAUGAUCAUACAUUUAUAAAAGUAUAUAUAUAUUUACAAUAAAUUUGAAGUUAUUCUCA